AUGAGCGGAGCGCAACUUGGGUACCGAUUUACUUUCAUUGACGUGACGGAGGAUAGCAAGACGGACGGUGACGAUCACCGUGCACGGGCCCGGAGCCUUCCCCCAAUCCGGGCAUCCGUGGCAAACUCGGAGACUCUGGUCGUAGAUGCAUGGGCGCAUCUUCAUCUUCGCACUCUCCGACAAGGGCGGGAUGCAACAGUCUUCGAGCCGCCCGCGCCAAACCGUGGCAGUGUGGGACACCCAGCACUGUGCAGCCGCCCAUGCAUCUACGUCGCAAAGCAGCGGCAGUGCCAGAAAGGUGUGGCCUGUGGGUUUUGUCAUCAUGAUCACCACAGUGGCCCGAAUGACCCCAAACCCGACAAGCAGCAGCGCCGCUUGAUGAGCACGAUGCCUAGGGCAGAGCUACUGGGCCUUCUCGCAGAGCUACUUCAGGAUCGUGCGGAGCAAGAUGGAUUCCAUGAUGUGGGUUUCGUGGUGGCGGCUGUGGCUGUCCAGGCAGGACUCCGUCCAAGCCGCCCGCAGACGAAGUCUCGAAAGCUUGCCAACUUGCGCCAGGUGAUCGGGCGCAUGAACUUCUCCGCCAUCCUCUCGAUAGCUCUGCGUCACUGUGAGGGCCACAGCAAGGCUUCGAUCCUGCAGGAGCUGAAGGCUCUGCGAGACAAUGUGACUUUUUAA